AUGACAGUCAGAAUAAAGAUGGAAGUUCCACAGGAUCUCGUUACAAAAAUGAAGAGCCUUAAUGAUCGAUCUCUGCAAGAACAAUGCGAAAAAGAAAUCGAAAAACAUGUUUUUUACCUGGAGACUGUUCUCAAAGGGUGGAAGACCUACAAGAACGUGAAAAAAGAACAUAGCCGCAUUCUCUUCCUGAUGCUAAAAACCGAUAACGAAGAUGCCCUCCACGAUUACGAGAAGUUGGUGCUGUACCCAAAAAUGUUGGAGAGGGUGGCAGCUGAACAGAAAGAAAUGGAGAAAGAACAUGUGAAGGCUACCGAUGUUGAGUCACCGUGUUCUGUAGUUGAACUUGGAGCAGAAAGCACUAACGGUUCGAUUGGAAUUGAAUCAGGAUCACAGUCACCCAUGGAAGAUCUUCAUUGUGAGCGGCCAAUUGUAUAUGAACGGGUUGACCUUCCAGAAGUUCUUAUUCAAAAUUAUGAAGAGCAGUUGGCAAUUCGGAAAAUGAUCACUGAGGCUGAAGAAAAAAUUGCGAGAAACGAACAGACAACUUACGUUAGUUCGGCAGCGGUUACUACCACAGUCAGCGUUCAUGACAUUCCAUUACCGAGUACUGGUGAUCCCACUCCUCCAACGCAACUACAGUAUCUUCGACACAUUGUCCACCACGUGGAGGCAGAAAUAGAACCCUGCUCUUCUGAAGACUUAUCAGUAACUGGAGUUGCUUUCAACAGCGCCUUGUCUGAAAACAUUGCAAAAGCAGCGGCGCAAGUGAGACAAGCUUUGGACAACGUUGAGAAGAUGGAUGCCGAGAGCAUGGAUGAUGUGAAAAAUACUAUAACUAAAAUGAAUCUUCUGAAGUUGGAAUCAAAGCUGAAACAGUCUGCAAACGAGGUUCAACAGCGAGCAUCGAAGGAAUGGAAACACAACGAAAACUUGUCAAAGGGAAUGAAGAAACGGAUGAAAAAGGCUGCUAAAAAGGCGGCAGAUGCGUUGGACUUUGAAAGAAAACUCAUUGAAGACAAAGAGGAGCGUAUUCGUCAGUGUCAUCUUGCAGCUGAAGCUGUGAAUGUACUGACGCAUAAGAAAACCGCAGCACUUGCGAAAAAAGAAAAAAAUCCACUAGAAGCCGAAGAAAAAUUAGAGAAGAAGGUUGAGAAAACAGUGGAGAAGAAAGAGGAGAAGAAGUCUGAAAACCAUUUAGAGGAGUUACCAAUGACUGAAGUUGAACUCAAAUUGCUUUUUGAAAUUUUGACUCGGAAAUCCGCUGAUUUUGAACCAGGGAGCGAAGAUGAACGUGUUUAUCAAAAGUACAGAGAAAACCAGAGCGUUUUAGAAGCUCACAUCAUUAAGAACUGUAGUCUCGAAUAUAUAGCUAACACGAGAUUACUUGGACAGCUUCGAGAAAUGACUGAUGAGGUGUAUGUACCCACUAAAAUACCGACCAAGUCGAAAGAACAACUUAUGGAUGAGGCAGAGAAAUACAUCAUUCAAAAGUUAAAUUAUUGGAAAAAUUCUGACCACUCUCAAGCCCAACACUAUGUGAACAUGUAUAAGUAUUUCCUGGCCAACUGUGGAUACACUAUCGCAAACAUAAUUGUUGGAUACAUGCCAUAUGAAAAUCUUCCGAAUGCUGAAUUUGAAACCACUAUGUUGUUACAGUAUCAAGCUGGGAAAUUCUUCCCAGAUGAGGGUAAAGGUUCCUCUUAA